UAGUGAUGUAGCUAGCAGCAGCCUUUUCUCGAGCCCCCGGAGCGUCGGCUCGCUCCCAGAACCCUCUCUGCCCCUGUCUGUCUGUCUCUUUCUCUCGGUCUCUCCAUCCCUCUAGUCUUCCUCGCGCUCCUCCCGCCUCCAUCCUGGCGAUGCCCGGUCCGCUCCACGCUCCGAGAGAUCAGUGAUCCCCGCCGCCAUCUCCCGCCCGUGCCCACGUCCAAAGGUUCCAUCCCUGCGGCUGUGACAGCUGGGGCCAGGCCAGCCUCGCGGAACGCGGCCACCGCGUCACCGGCGCCCGCACUGGCAUUGGCAUUGACGCCAGCUCGGGGCUGCCCAAGCUUCGUCCCCAGGCCCCUGCGCAGGAUGCUCGCCGGGCAGGCGGCCGGAGGCCGGCUCGAAGGCCCUUAACUAGGUCCAGCACCGCCAAGGACGCCGCCUUCCUAGCCCGGGGGCGCCCGGUCCGGAGCCCGCCACCCUUGCCCUCGAAGCCCAAGCGCCCGCCUCUUCCCGUCCAGCUUCGAAGGCGCGGCCCCGGGGGCCCCUGCGCCCGUCGGCGGAUGCCCUAGGGCUGGGGGAGGCCGAGAGCCCGGCCAGCGGUUUAGCCCCGCCCCCCCGACGCCGCGCAGCCCGCGCGCGGGGGCGCCCGCAGCCUCCCGAGCCGCAGCCCCGUCCCGCAGCCAGGCCCGCCACCCUGGCGCUGCUCCGGGUCGGAGGCCGACGGCUGAGCGGGGCCAGCAUGGAGGCCAUCUGGCUCUACCAGUUCCGGCUCAUUGUGAUCGGGGACUCCACGGUGGGCAAGUCGUGCCUCAUCCGCCGCUUCACCGAGGGCCGCUUCGCCCAGGUCUCCGACCCCACCGUGGGGGUGGAUUUCUUCUCCCGGCUGGUGGAGAUCGAGCCCGGGAAGCGAAUCAAGCUACAGAUCUGGGACACCGCGGGCCAGGAGAGGUUCAGGUCCAUCACCAGAGCCUACUACAGGAACUCAGUAGGUGGCCUUCUCUUAUUUGAUAUCACCAACCGCAGGUCCUUCCAGAAUGUCCAUGAGUGGCUAGAAGAGACCAAAGUCCAUGUCCAGCCCUACCAGAUUGUGUUUGUUUUGGUGGGUCACAAGUGUGACCUGGACACCCAACGGCAAGUGACCCGACAUGAGGCAGAGAAAGUUGCUGCUGGGUAUGGUAUGAAGUACAUUGAGACCUCAGCCCGAGAUGCCAUUAAUGUGGAGAAAGCCUUCACAGACCUGACUAGAGAAAUCUAUGAGCUGGUCAAAAAGGGGGAGAUUACCAUCCAGGAAGGUUGGGAAGGGGUAAAGAGUGGCUUUGUGCCAAAUGUCGUUCACUCCUCCGAAGAGGUGGUCAAAUCAGAUAGGAGAUGCCUAUGUUAGCCAACCCUAGUAAGCCAGACACAAUUUUUAUUAAUAAAACAUACUGUACUAACUGAA